AUGCCUCUUCUCGUUGUACUCGUUGUCAAUCUCAUUUCCUGCGUUGUGAUUGCCACUUUUUGCUCGGCGAAUGACCGAAAGUGCGAGCGCGGACAGAAGGAGGCGGAGGAGAAGCGGAGAAGGGACGCCGCGUUGCUCAUGAUCUCCGACAACUUUCUGGUAACGCCUUCCAGUACACAUUAUCCGGGAUGCAAAGAACUUUAGGAUCCCGACGAUCCGGAGUCGUCGAGUCUGCGCGGAGUGUCGAGCGAGGCCGUCUUCCCGAACACCGUCACGAGCGUGCCGACGUCUUCUUCCGCUUCCUCGAUCGCCUCGUCUCCGUCGGAACGUGUCAAAUGA